GGGGGGGGGAGAGUUGGUGUUGCGCGUGCGCUCUAGCUCCCGGUCGCUAUGCGGGUGCUCGUGGGCGGCGGCACGGGCUUCGUGGGGACCGCCCUGACCCAGCUGCUGAAAGCCAAGGGCCACGAGGUGACGCUGGUGUCCCGGAAGCCCGGGCCGGGCCGGAUCACGUGGCAUGAGCUCGCUAGCUCUGGGCUGCCCAGCUGCGAUGCUGCCGUCAACCUGGCCGGGGAGAACAUCCUCAACCCCCUCCGAAGGUGGAAUGAAGCCUUCCAAAAAGAGGUUCUCCGCAGCCGACUGGAGACCACCCAAAUGCUGGCUAACGCCAUCGCGAACGCCCCACAACCCCCAAAGGCCUGGAUCAUAGUCACAGGUGUAGCAUACUACCAACCCAGCCUGACUGCCGAGUACGAUGAGGACAGCCCAGGAGGGGACUUUGACUUUUUCUCCAACCUGGUAACCAAAUGGGAAGCUGCAGCCAAGAUUCCCGGAGAUUCUACACGCCAGGUGGUGGUACGCUCUGGUGAGAAUCAAGGGCCUGGGUACCAGGCAGGGUAGAAUGACCUCUGGCCUGUGGACACGGGGAUGGGGAGAGCAAGGGAGGGAGUCAUGGCUUUUGGCCAACUUGCAGAGGGAAGGAUGGGAAGCCCAAGAGCCAAAGUCCUCCACUCUUACAGUUAAGUCAACAUAUGGGGG